GUUAUAAUCCCAACGGAGAUCAGUAAUGUAUUCACGGACUAUUAUAGCUCGCUUUAUAACUUUAAAGACCAAACAGGGACUUCACCUCCUAAAACAGAAGCCAUACUACAAUAUCUGAGAAAACUACCCAUACUCUCCUUGACAGCUGAACACAUUGCUUCUUUAUCCGCACCUAUCACUGAGGAAGAAGUCAAGGAAUGUAUCAGGGGCCUACCAAAAGGGAAGGCACCAGGGCCAUACGG